UUUGGCUGCCGCUAUUCAGUCUUUAAUGUCCGUGAACUGUUGUUGUGCGCGUUAUAAGUUGCGUCAUUAUUUGCGUGCUGUUAAAUUUUAGCCCAGUUAGAGUGACCCAACCGUUCCAACCACACAUUGCCAACUUCGAUUAUUCGUUGAGCCCCCAACCGUUCCAAUCACACAUUCGAGCGCGACGUUCAGUUUCGCUUGCGGACUUUGCUGGGACAACAGCGGGCCCAUCGAUCAAAGCGUUAGCCCAUCAUGACUCAUCUCGCCGCAGUGGCGAGACGUUAACUACCUCGACUGACGUGAACUCGGCCAAUCGCGGUGCGCUUCCCGAGACCGCGCACACAAUGGCGUCCGGUAACCGCAUUCACUGUCCGUACCACCCGGAGGCGGUGUUGAUUGAAGAUUACCGCGCAGGGGACAUGGUGUGCCCCGAGUGUGGAGUUGUAGUCGGCGACCGCGUGGUGGACGUCGGCUCGGAGUGGAGGACCUUCAGCAACGACACCAACUCGAAGGACCCGUCGCGAGUGGGCGACGCGCAGAACCCUCUGCUCAACGGCAGCGACCUCACCACGCUCAUCAGCAAGGGCACGGGGGCGGCGAGUUUCGACGAGUUCGGCAACGCCAAGUACCAGAACCGCCGCAGUCUCAGCUCCUCCGACAGGGCCAUGCUCACGGCCUUUCGUGAGAUCAACACAAUGUCCGACCGCAUCAACCUGCCCAGGAACAUCGUGGACCGCACAAACAACUUGUUCAAGCAAGUGUAUGAGCAGAAGUCCCUCAAGGGCCGCAGCAACGACGCCAUCGCCUCGGCCUGCCUCUACAUCGCCUGCCGGCAAGAGGGUGUCCCGAGGACCUUCAAGGAGAUCUGCGCCGUGUCGCGCAUCUCCAAGAAGGAGAUCGGCCGCUGCUUCAAGCUCAUCCUGAAGGCGCUGGAGACCAGCGUGGACCUCAUCACCACCGGGGACUUCAUGUCCAGGUUCUGCUCCAACCUCGGUCUCCCCAAGGCUGUGCAGGCUGCGGCCACGCACAUCGCGCGCCGCGCCGUGGAGCUGGACCUGGUUCCCGGGCGGAGCCCGAUCUCCGUGGCCGCCGCCGCCAUCUACAUGGCCUCGCAGGCGUCUGCCGACAAGCGCACGCAAAAAGAGAUCGGCGACAUCGCCGGCGUGGCAGACGUGACGAUCCGCCAGUCGUACCGGCUCAUCUACCCCAAGGCGUCGCAGCUCUUUCCGCAGGACUUCAAGUUCGACACCCCCGUGGAGAAACUACCUCAGCUGUGACGGACACGCGGGGAGCGGUUGCGCACGCCGACAGCGCACCUGCACCCGUUGGCACCUUCCUCGGGACCCCGACACUCGCACGCGCGCGGUGCUCGGAAAAUUCGUUUGCGGUGCCGUGACGGGUGUGCGGGGCGCGUGCGCGGAUCGGCUCAUUAAAACUGCGAGCGGCAGACGUUGUGAGAAGAUUCCGCUGGAUGUGGGAACGGGACUGGAGGCACCGGACGGGACGGGGGACGGGGGAACAGAAGGGGGAGACGGGACGAGAGACGGGACGGAUCGACGGGACAUAGACUGGACGCAGAAAGGGACGGGGAGAUGGGACGCAGAGAGGAACGGAAGACGGGAGACGUGAAGUAUCAGACGAGCAUGGUGCAGGCGGAGACUGCACUGCGACUCGCUGGGACGGACGGGGUUGUGGGCGCCUGCGGCUGAAGGAACGAUUUGUGUUUAUUUAAUUACCGCGAGACGCCGCCGGCGCUGACGGGGACUGUUUUUUUUUUCGUAAUUAUUUCGGCAGUGAGGUUUGCGGGGGAGGGCUUGAGUUUACAAGUGGCUUCGAGGCAGCCAUUGUUUUUUUUUUACGAACUCUCCGGGGUCCUUUUACCCAUUUUUGUAUUUUCGGCAAAAAGCGGCUCCGGUCGUGCCGCGGGGGGGCAGCAGCGUCCGCUCAACGGCGCGGUGUCUCCACGCCUUAGCCGGGCGGGGCGGGGUGGGGUGGGGUCUCGUGUCAAUCGCUCGUGCAAUAACCACACUAUCGCGAGCGAGCGAGCGAGGAAGUGUAGCCCCUCGAAGUAGGCGACGGCUGCACGCGCACAAACGGCCGCUCAGCCGGCGGUCUCCCCGCGCCACCGACCGCCCGGCCGCGGCAGUGGCGUUGUUGUUGCUGGAGCGGUAAACACUCGGGACGCCGGGACCAACGGGCAACGUCAGUGGGCGCGCGAGGAGGACGAGAAAUGCUGCCGACGUUUAGGCUGUGCCAAUUCUUGUUGAUACGUGCUCGUGAGAGUCGCGUCCUUUGUUUAGCCAGUGAAGCCUUACUGCUGCUUGCUGCUUGCCGCUUGCUGCACCUCGAUUUCUCGGGAGUCAUCCUGCUUGGGAGUGUUUGGCCACUCGCCCACUAUCGCCCGCUAGCCCACUUACCCGCUCACCCACUAGCCCGCUCGCCGCAGCACACUGCCAUCGAAUCCGGCAUCUCGUACCCCGCUACGUGUUUGGAGCGUCCACCACCUCUAAGAGGCGUGCACCGCCCACGCAGCCCUACGUUUGCAGGAAUGUUUGUCUUGGUGAUGCUUCGACGGCACCUGCCGUCCAAUAUGAAAGUUCCAAGUUCGAUUCCCUGUUGCGGUUUAUAAAUCGGGUACCGCUUUGUGGGAAGUCGGCAGUCGUCACCCGACGGACAGACUGGCCCCCCGCGAUAGAUUUGUGGAAUUUCCACCGCUGCCGAUCGGGAUGAGUGCCCACCCCAUGCUUGUUUGUGCGUGCGAUGCCGAGCUUGUAGGCUCUUCUAGAUUUGAAGCUUUCGUGACUGCAAGGAUCCAUAUACUCUUUGGUUCUAUUCGGUAAAGGCACGUAGGUAAAACAUAAAACAAAAAUCACGA